GGGGGACGUGCCAAGAUGGACGCCGGCCCUCGCCCGCCCUGCGGCCCCCGGGGCGGCGGAGGCAGGGGGGAGGCCGCCGUCAGCCAUCUUCGGCGGGACCCGGGCGAGGAGGAAGAGGAAGACGCGUUUCCCGCCCCCGGCGGGUCAGAGCGGGGAAGUCACCGCCCGAAGAUGGCCGCCUCCGCGGGGGACGCGUGUGGUGGCGGUGGCGGUGGCGGGGCGGGCGGCCGGGCCGGGGCCGCGGCGGAGGCACGCUUCAUCAGCAGCGCCAAGGGGAAAGGCUUGUUCGCUACCAGGAGCAUCCGCAAAGGGGACACCAUCGUCGUGGAGCGGCCUGUGGUGGCCUCGCAGUUCCUCUGGAACGCCCUGUACAACUACCGAGCCUGCGAUCACUGCCUGCGGGCUUUGGAGACGGCAGAGGAAAACGCCCAGCGGCUGCUGGGGAGAAGCUCCCAGGUGCUGCCCCACCCGGAGCAGUGCAGCAUCCGGAAAGACCUGCACCAGCAGUGUCCCCAGUGCCAGGUGACGUACUGCAGUGCUGAAUGCAGGCAGUCUGCUUGGGAGCAGUACCACCAGGUCCUCUGCCUCGGCCCGUCCCACGAGGACCCCACGCACCCCCUCAACAAGCUGCAGGAGGCAUGGAGAAACAUGCAUUAUCCGCCGGAGACUUCCAGCAUCAUGCUGAUGGCACGGAUGGUUGCCACCGUCAAACAGGCUAAGGACAAGGACUGGUGGAUAAAGGUCUUCUCCCAGUUCUGCAGUAAGACAGCAAACGAGGAGGAGGAGAUUGUACACAAGCUGCUGGGGGACAAAUUUAAGGGCCAGCUGGAACUGCUGCGGUUGCUCUUCACAGAAGCCCUUUACGAUGAACAUCUCAGCAGGUGGUUCACUCCUGAAGGCUUUCAGUCCCUCUUUGCCCUCGUUGGGACCAACGGUCAAGGCAUAGGCACCAGCUCUCUGAGCCAGUGGGUGCACGCUUGCGAUGCGCUGGACCUCCCCAUGCCACAGCGAGAGCAGCUGGACGCCUUCAUCGACCAGCUCUACAAGGAUAUCGAGAAGGAGUCAGGAGAGUUCCUCAACUGCGAGGGAUCAGGUCUCUACGUGCUCCAGAGCUGCUGUAACCACAGCUGCAUCCCCAAUGCGGAGACGUCCUUCCCGGACAACAACUUCCUCCUGCACCUGACAGCUCUGGAGGAUAUCGAGGCGGGAGAGGAAAUCUGCAUCAGUUAUUUAGAUUGCUGCCAGAGGGAUCGGAGCAGACACAGCCGCCACAAGAUACUCAGGGAGAACUACUUGUUUACCUGCUCGUGUCCCAAGUGCCUAGCGCAAGCCGACGACGCUGACGUGACGUCGGACGAGGAGGAGGAGGGCGAAGGGGAGACGGAUGAUGCUGAGCUGGAGGAUGAGAUGACCGACGUUUGAUCCUGUGCCCUGGAGGAAAGAGAAAGGCAGGGAAGAGGGGGGUCCUCCGAGACACAGCAGCUUUAAUACUAGAAACAGGGUUGUGUUGUGGGGUCGGGGUGGGAGGCCGCGUGCCGGCGGCGGGCAUGGAGGUCUGGUGGUGCGGGGCAGCAGGGGAGCCGGAGGCAGGCCCUGCUCCCGCCUGUCCUUGUUGUGUGCUCUGUGUGUGUGUGUGUGUGCGAGGCCGUCCCCGUCGUCCCCGCGAGGAGAGGUGGCGAGCCGCGUUUCCCGUGGUCCCCUGCUGCAUCCCGGUCCCUGGCGGGGGAUCCUAGGGGAAAGCAGGGCCCGGCCAGCCCCUGGGCCGGGGUAGGGGACGUCGCGGUGGUCACGGCAUGGCCACCUCCGAGGCUGCUUCGUCGUGUCUGUGCUGGCCGCGGGUACGGAGGAGCUGCUCCCGCCCCGCAGGGAUGAGGGGAAUGUGCGUGUGUGUGUGUUGGCGCACGAGGGUUACUAUUUAAUGUCUAUAUUAGCACUAUCUACACACUAAGGAGCUGAGGUCCUUAUAUAUACUCCAUUUCAUGCCUUGGCUUGGCUUGCAGUGACGGGGACGAGCCUUUGUGGCUCUGCGAGCUCUGGAGGGCUGGCGGCUCUCGCUGCUGUGGUGAACACGAGCCUGGCAGCCGCUCUGAGAUGUCCCGCUGUACGUCGGGUGCCGGGGAUGGUGCUCGGUGCCUGCAGACCCCAGGCUGUUACAGCCGGGUUGCGCUGGCCCCAGCCUCGCUGGGAGGAUGGGCACGAGCGGGAGCCAUGGUACUGGGAGAAGUUGCCGGAGCCGGAGGGUUGUCAUCCCUCCCGCGCCGCUGGGACCGUGGGAAGCUCGCUUGGGCAGCUAGGCUCGGCCCCGCCGGUUCGCUUCCCACUCCUCGCGCUAGCCCGAUGCGCCGGCCGGGUCUCCGCACCGCGAGGUUGGACGGUGCUUCUCCCCGGCCGGCGCGUUUGGUCCCCGCAGCCCCAGUCCCGCCUUAAGACUGGGGUUUAACCUCCUCCUGGGCCGCUCGGGGACGGGAGCAGCUCGGUUUGGGUUUGGGCCGCGGCGUGGGCAGGCGCGUGCUGGUGGUGGCUGGGUCGUGGGACCGAGGGGGACACUGAGGGGAAGCAGAGCCGGGCACCUGCGACACUAUCGUCCCUACCAGCCCCACACCCCGCUGCUUGUCCCCAGCCCCAGGGCCUCGCGCCCUUCAGUGUUCGUAAUAAACUGAGACUGGUGAAAA